AUGGCUUUCCUGGCAUGGAAACAGGAGUGCAAAAGUUGCUGGGCCCCACGCCCCUCAUCGCCGCCCCGACGAAGGGUGAGACCUCUUCGGCAUCGCGCCUUCAUGUUCGGUGAGAAGGUUCGGUCUUUGGCCACCGGCCAGGGUCAGAAGUCGCAGACCCUGUGCCGCGAUUGCUGCGGAGUGUCGCUGAAAUCUUUGUUCCUGCUCGGCCAUCGCAUCCAAGUGGACUUCAUGAAAGGACAAGCCAGCGUGGAUGGUUGGAUACAUUGCCAGGCCGCUGCCCAGGAUGCCUCGAUGUUGCUGGGAAUGCGCCGGCGAUUGCAGGACGUCCUGUCUCGGCAGCUGGCGCGGAAAUCCGCAGAGGCUUUGACCUCCGACGACGCAGAGGUCGUGAACGUCAUCUCCCAGAUGCUGGUCAUGGAUGUCGAGUAA